CGCCUCGUUCUGGCCCUCCCCAAGGUUAUCACUUCCCCGAGUGGGCGUACAAGACCGAGUCCAGCCCUGGCUCGCGGCAGAUCCAGCUCUGGCACUUCAUCCUGGAGCUGCUGCAGAAGGAGGAGUUCCGCCAUGUCAUCGCCUGGCAGCAGGGCGAGUACGGGGAGUUCGUCAUCAAGGACCCCGACGAGGUGGCGCGGCUGUGGGGCCGGCGGAAAUGCAAGCCCCAGAUGAACUACGACAAGCUGAGCCGGGCUCUCAGAUACUACUACAACAAGAGGAUCCUCCACAAGACUAAAGGCAAGAGGUUCACCUACAAGUUCAACUUCAACAAGCUGGUGAUGCCCAACUACCCCUUCAUCAACAUCCGUCCUAACGGUGUCGUGCCGCAGAGCGCUCCUCCCGUCCCCACGGCUUCGUCCCGCUUCCACUUCCCGCCGCUGGACAGCCACUCUCCCACCGAAGAUGCCCAGCCCGGCCGCUUCUCCGGCGGCUCCCUGGUCCCGUCCAACCCCGAAGCUUUGGGCGACGGCGGCGAGAGGAAGCCCGACCUGCCGGAGCUGGAGGACGGCUCCUCGGAUUGGCGCCGCGGCGUGGAUCUCAUGGCCUCGCGCAACGCCGUGGGCGCCGGGGGCAUCAACCACCAGAAGCGCAAGCCCGAUAUCAUGCUGCCUCUCUUCACCAGGCCCGGGAUCUACCCGGAUCCUCACAGCCCCUUUGCCGUGUCCCCUCUGCCGGGGCGCGGCGGGGUCCUCAACGUCCCCAUCUCUCCUGCGUUGUCCCUGACGCCCACCCUGUUCUCCUACAGCCCCUCUCCAGGCCUCAGCCCCUUCACGGGCAGCAGCUGCUUCUCUUUUAACCCCGAGGAAAUGAAACACUACCUGCAUUCGCAAGCGUGCUCGGUCUUCAACUACCACCUGAGUCCGCGGACUUUCCCCCGCUAUCCGGGGCUCGUGGUCCCGCCACUACAGUGCCAAAUGCCCCUGGAGGAGCAGCCCCAGUUCCCCAUCAAGCUGCAGCCUCCGCCCGUCGGGCGCAAAAACAGGGAGAGACUGGAAAGCGCCGAGGAGUCGGCCACCCCCCAGCUCGCCAGUCCUCCCCCCAGGGUGAAGGUCGAGCCCUCGAUGGACAAGGAGGCCGAGCGCGAAGAGCCGCCCGCCAAAGGAAAAGACAAAAGCGAGAAGGAGGAAGGCUCCGGCAUGGCCGCGCCGCCCGGCGCCAGCCUGGAAGAGGAGAAGGGCCCCGUGUUUGCCAGACCGGCCGCCCCGUCCUGGCACCCGGCGCCGCCGGCGUCCGCCCAGGCCGCCUUCGCGGCCGAAGAGCCUCAGGAGCAAGGGGAGAGCAGCGGCGAGAAGCCGUCGAGGGAGCCCGCCGGAGAGCCGGGGGCUCAGGAGAAGAGGGAGGACGCCCUGAUGCCCCCGAAGCUGCGUCUGAAGCGCCGCUGGAACGGGGACCGGCAGGCGGACGCCCCCGAGGAGCGCCCCAACGGCCGCCUCCACUGGCACGGGGCGCUGGGCGGCCCGCACCUGGCGGCCGGCCCCAAGGCCGUGGCGGCCGCUGCCGCCUCCGACGCCUAGGCCGGCCGGGCCCAAACCAGCCGUGUAUUUAUGUAGCAAGGUUGCAGAGCGUUUUUUGGGGUGGUGGGGGGGGGGGGGGG